AUGAGUUUGAUUGCUUUUUGUCCACAGUUGGUACACUGGCAGAGUCCGCAUAUGCACGCAUAUUUCCCAGCGCUGACAUCUUAUCCCUCUAUCAUGGGGGAAAUGUUGUCUAGCGCUGUCAAUGUCCUUUGUUUCACUUGGGUAAGUAAGAUGAGUUACUAUAUACAGAAAGUUCCUGUUCAAUGUAAAAAUAUAGCUUCUUCACCAGCCGGCACGGAGUUGGAAACAAUCGCAAUGAACUGGCUUGGGAAACUCAUCGGUUUACCGGACUGUUUUCUCAAUGAGAAGAAUGAUAGCCCAGGCGGUGGUGUAAUACAGACGACAGCCAGCGAAGCGACUCUAGUGAGUUUACUAGCAGCACGUACUAGAGCAUUGAUGGAGCUAGCGGAACUGAACCCUGAUCUUCAGUCUUCAGAAUUACUGGGUCAUCUCAUCUGCUACUGCUCUGACCAGGCACAUUCUUCUGUCGAAAAAGCUGGGUUGAUCGGUCAGUCUUUGCAUACAACAUUUCAAAAGAUCCUCCUGAUGAAUCUUAAUCAUAAAGAUUAG